UUGUGUCGGUGGAAAAAUCAACGCACUGUGAGCACCCUUUAGGAGCGUUAAGAAAACUACCCAUAAACCCAAAAACAGAGUGCCCUGAGAAAACAGAAAGGUGCCAUUUUUUUUGUUGUUUUUCUCAAUCUCAACCAUGGAGAUGCAAAAGACGAUGAUGGGUUUGAUUCUGUUGCUGUUGUUAUCUGCUUCGGGUGUGAGUGCUUGGACUGGUGAAAUCCAUGGAAGAGUUGUUUGUGAUGUUUGUGGGGAUUCUUCUCUUGGACCUGAAGACCAUGUUCUUGAAGGUGCUGAGGUUGCUGUUCUUUGCAUCACCAAGUCUGGGGAAGUUCUAAAUUAUCAGGCCUUCACAGAUGCUAAGGGGGUAUACACAGUGGCUGAGACAAUGCCCGAGAGUGACCGUUGGGAUGCGUGUCUCGCCCGACCAAUCAGUAGUUUCCAUGAGCAUUGCACUCAACUUGGUGAGGGCAGCUUGGGGGUCAAAUUCAGUUACAAUCACCCAUCAGGAUACUCACACACUGUCAGGACCUUUGUGUAUCGACCAGUCAGUGUUCCAACUUACUGCAUUUGAUAUAUAUACUACUGCCUUGUGUGAGUUCAUGUGCUUGGUUGAAAAUUCAAAUAGUGCAAAACUGAUGAGUAUAUGAAUAUAUCUUCUUUAUACCAUAUAUUUAUGCGUAGUGGUGCUUGGUGUGUAUUUUGCUGAGCUUAUUCAAAGUAAGCACGAGAAGUUGAAAUAGUUGUAAAUGGUAAUCUUAUAGAGAACAAUGCAAAAUCAUUGUAAAUGGCAUUGUCAUUAAGCUGUGCAAUGAGUUCCAUCGCUUAAA